GUCUCGCAUCCGCUGGAUCCGCUGACGGCGGAUGAGAUAGCCGAGGCGUCCGCCAUUCUGAAGGAGCAACGCCAGUUGGGCGCGCGGACCCGGUUCGAGACCGUCGUGCUGCGGGAGCCGGAUAAGAACGUGACGCUCGGGUUCCGGCCGGGUGAUCCGAUACGGCGCGACGCUUUCCUGGUGGUGCUGGACAACGACGCCGCGGCCACUUGGGAGGCGGUGGUAUCGCUUGAUGACCGCCGCGUGGUUUCGUGGGAGCACAUCCCCGGCGUGCAGCCUCGGGUGAUGUUCGACGAGUUCAUGGAGUGCGAGGCUGCGGUCAGAGCGGAUUCGAGGUUCCGGGCGGCCAUCAAGAAGCGAGGUAUCACCGACCCCAACCUGGUGAUGGUGGACCCGUGGUCGGCGGGCAACUACGGUUACGAGGACGAGGAAGGCCGCCGGCUGGUGCUGUGCCGCAACUUCGCCCGGUCCAGCCCCACGGACAACGGCUACGCCCGCCCCAUCGAGGGGGUCACUGCCGUGGUGGACCUGAACAGCAUGGAGGUGGUGCGGGUUGACGACUACGGAUUUGUGCCGCUGCCGCCCGAGCCCGGCAACUACGGCGCGGAGUUCGUCGACAAAUUCCGCGAGGACCUGAAACCGCUGGAAAUCACGCAGCCCGACGGGCCGAGUUUCAGGGUCGACGGCUGGAGCGUAGCUUGGCAGAAGUGGCAUUUGCGUGUUGGGUUCACGCCACGAGAGGGACUGGUGAUCCACACCGUGGGGUACGAGGACCAAGGCCGGAUCCGGUCCAUUCUGUACCGGGCGGCAUUGUCCGACAUGGUGGUGCCGUAUGGCGAACCCGGCAAGGACCACUAUCGCAAGAACGCCUUCGAUGCCGGCGAGUAUGGCAUCGGUUCCCUGACCAACUCGCUGACCCUGGGAUGCGACUGCCUCGGAGAUAUCUACUACUUCGACGCGGCGCUGAACGAUGGCAACGGGCAGCCGUUCACCAUUCCCAACGCGGUGUGCAUGCACGAGGAGGACUAUGGCAUCCUGUGGAAGCACACCGACUGGCGCAAUGGGCAAACCGAGGUGCGCCGUUCCCGGCGGUUGGUGAUUUCCAGCGUCGCGACCGUGGGCAACUACGAGUACGGGUUCUUCUGGUAUUUCUACCAGGACGGCACGAUACAGAUGGAAAUCAAGCUGACCGGCAUAAUCAACACCGCCGGCAUUGCCGAGGGAGAAACGCCGAAGUACGGCACCCUGGUGGCUCCCCAACUGAACGCGCACGUCCACCAGCAUUUCUUCAACUUCCGGUUGGACAUGAGCGUGGACGGCGAGGAAAACGCGGUAUUCGAGGUCAACACCGUGGCCGAGCCGCCGGGUCCCGACAACCCCCAUGGCAAUGCCUUCUACGCUGAGAAGAUGCCGCUACGGACCGAGCACGAGGCGCAGCGGGUGGUAGAUCCGAUGAAAGGCCGAUACUGGAUGGUGUCCAACACCACGGCCAGGAACGCGCUGGGUCAGCCGGUGAGCUACAAGCUGAUGCCGGGCGAGAACAUCCUUCCCUUCGCGCAUCCGGAUGCCAGCAUCAUGAAGCGCGCGGGAUUCAUGACCAGGCACCUGUGGGUGACGCCCUACGACCGGGACGAGAUCUCGGCCACGGGGCCGUAUCCCAACCAGCACCCGGGCGGGGCGGGAUUGCCCGAGUACACCCGGAACGACCGGAACGUGGAGAACACGGACCUGGUGCUGUGGUACACGCUCGGCUAUCACCACGUGCCGCGGCCCGAGGACUGGCCGAUUUCGCCGGUGGCCUACUGCGGGUUCAGUCUGAAGCCGGUGGGGUUUUUCAACACCAACCCCGUGCUGGACGUACCCCCGAGCGACCAUUGCGAGGAGGGUUGCCACACGUAG